GCUUGCCGCUUCCCGCAUUCCAAAUCUGCCGUGACACUGUGCGCUUCACUCUCCAACUACACCCGUAGCAUCAUUGCUCUCAAUUCUGCUCUCCACAAAGACAAGACCUAUUCUUCGCACGCGGAACCAUACCGCUUCACACUAACGCCGCGCGUCUGACUCCACGCCCGGUACUCAAAACCCACCGCUUGCGCUGCCUCAUCGCUUCUCAGAGAGACUCGAGAGUACAAGUUCGACGACCACCAAAAGCACACCCCUACACCACGACAUAACCAACCACCACUACCGCAAACAUGGACAUGUCUGGGAUGAUGCCGGCGAGCGAGAUGGUCAUGACCUUUUUCACCUCUUCGUUGACGCCUCUCUACUCUGAGCAAUGGGCACCCAAAUCGACCGGAGCUUAUGCCGGCACUUGCAUCUUCCUCAUUCUGUUCGCGGCCCUGUACCGAGGCAGCUUCAAGCUGCUGCACUUCCUGGAGCACAAAUGGCUCGAGUCCGCCAUGAAGCGCCGAUACGUCGUAGUCGCGGACAAGACGCCCAUCGCAGAGCGCAUCAGUUCGGAUGCCGACUCGAAGACAGCAGUCAUAUCGGCAAACGGCGUGGAAGAACAUGUUGUGAUUGUGCAGAGUCCGAUCCAGCACGUCCAACCAUGGCGAUUCAGUGUCGACCUCCCGCGAGCAUUGCUAUACACUUGCAUAGCUGGAGUAGGCUAUCUUCUUAUGCUGGCUGUCAUGACGUUCAACGUGGGCUAUUUCCUUUCAGUGCUCGGGGGUGUCUUUCUCGGAGAGCUGGCAUUUGGCCGCUACGGAGCACCAGGGAACUGA